AUGUCGAGACGAAAGCAAUUACAUCCCAGACCAAUCAAAGGUACUAUAUUUUUACUGACUCAUGUACAUCAUAAUUUAACGUAUUUUUUUAUUAAAAAAGGCACUGGUAUAGAUGAAAAAGAAAACACGAUGGAAAAUGAAGAGAGAAUUUCGAUCAACGAUGAUGAUCAAACCAGACGUAUCGACACUGAAGUUAUUUUGGAAAACAAGCAGACGAUAGUGGAAACUGAACUAGAUGAAAUAGAUCAUACUACGGACAAGAUCACAACAAAUGAAAACUCGUUGUUCAAAACAUAUACAUUACCAGAAGAAUUAAAAUAUGAUGAGGUAGAUAAAAAUUUGUUUGUUAAAGUAAAAGAUUUAGUUAAAGCUGGAACAGUAAUAAAUGCAGUAUUUACUAGUACAUGUUUGUUAGACAAUAUUAGUAAUGAAACUGAAUUAAUUUCACCAUGUGAAGAAUCAUCAGUUGAUGUGAUUGUUAAACAAGAAUCAUUAGUUGAUGUGAUUGUUAAACAAGAAUCGAUUGAAUGUGAAUCAAAAAAGACAAGAGUUAUAACCGAUGCACUACAGGAACAACAUGAAUUAGUGAUAGAUAAAGUGUCAGGAAAAAAGCUUUAUCCUCUUGUCUACUCCUGUGAAGAUUGUGGUAUUCGAUAUUCAAAUCGUGGAACAUUAGAUGCACAUCGAUUACACUAUUGUACAAGACGAACAACUUUGAAUAAUGAUGAUAUAAAUCAAUCAAACGAAAAAAAAUAUGCACCUGAUUGUGAGCUAACAGAUAAAGUAAAUCGAGCAAUUUUAAAACGUAAGAGUCCCGAAGAGACCACUACUUAUGCGCAUAAACGAAAUCGUACAAGCGAACCAAAUGUUAUUACCAAUACAAAGUCAACCGAUAGUAAUAAUGACAUGACAUUAAAUAAUCAUAAAACAUACUGUCAAGAAUGUGAUAUACUAUUUUUAAAACCAGAAAAUCUUACCCAACAUAAACUACAUUAUUGUCAAAUUAAUACAAUUAGAAAAAGUCAUCCACAUCAAAUCAAAUCAGCACAUCAACAAUCCCCACCAUCAACAUCGACUACAUACGAUUCAAAAUCCACCAUCAAUGAUGUAUUGUCAUCACUUCCUCUUCGACCCCCAAUUCCUCCAAACAUUCCGUUUGAUCGUCCAAUACAAGUGGGUAAUUUAAUUUACAUUCCAGUACCAGUUGGUAGUAAACUGUUACAUCAGACAAAAUCAUCUUCCUCUUCUCCUCCAUCAAUACCACAUGAUUCAAUAGAUGAUAAACCACUUGAUUUAAGUAAUUCAAAUCAGAUGAAAACGUCUUCGAUAUCAAACACAUUAACAGAUAUGGAAAAAUUAAAUGAGAAACAGCUAAAACGUUUACAAUCACCGACAAGGUCAUUAUCAUUAACUUCAUCCGUAUCACCAUCAAAUCCAUUAGAUUUAUCCUGUAAAACUCGUAAAACUCUCGUUCGAAUACUUAAUUCACAAUCACCGAAUAAUCAAUUACCAUCAUCUGCGACCGUAUUACAAAAAUUUGAAUGUGAAUUUUGUACAAUAAGAUUCAGUUCGUUGAAAAAUCUUCGUGCACAUCAAGAAAAUUAUUGUGCUGAAUUAAAAAAGACUACGAUGUCAACUGACUCAACUCCACAUUUAUUUUCAUCCGAGCAGUCAUCAUCAAAGCAACGUAAUUUAUUAUCAACAACGACAACAAGUUUUACAUGUUUAAAUUGUUCGAAAAUAUUCUUGAAUACGUAUGAAUUAUCUUCUCAUGAAUGUUCAAAAGGUAUUGAUCAAACAAUGUCAAAACUAAAAGAGAAUGAAGAAACGAGUACAAAUGGUCAUCGGCUAUCACCAUUCAUGUGUCGUUUAUGUCGUUAUCGUGGUAAUACAAUUCGUGGUAUGAGAAUGCAUUUUAAAUAUCAUUUGGCUAACGGUGAACAAUGUUCAGAUGAAGAUAUUAUAACAUAUAGUAGUGGUAGUAACAGUAAUCAUCAAAAUUCGAAUUUUAUUCGAGAAACAACAAAAUUGAAAACUAUUGACUUACUAAAAUGUCUAAUAUGUUCAGCAAUGUUUGAAACAAAUGAAAUAUUAAUGGUACAUUUAAGAACGCACAUGAAUGAAACCGAAAUAGAAUGUAUGGAGUGUUUAUCACGUUUUUCAUCGAGAUGGAAUCUACUUAGACAUAUGAGAAUACAACACACAAAUAUAAAUACAGAAUCACAAGAGAACAGCUCGGAUGAUGAUAAUUCAGAUGAAUCUUAUUCAUCGAUAAAUGUAGGAAUGGAAAUCGAUGAUAAUAAUAACGAAUUUAACAACACAGCACAACAAAUAUUGAAUACAACUGAACAUUCCAAUGACAUACGUAAAUCUUUUGUACGAGCAGAAUGUAUUGUUCAGAAAAAUACAACAGAGUCAUUUCAAUUAAACAAGAAAAACAUUGAUAAUAAACGAAAAUCUUCUCAAAUAUCGUCUAUUGAAUUAUCAGAAAAAAUGCCUGAUUCACUUUUAUCAUCGACUGGUGAACUUCCUGUUUCCGAAUUAACAAAACAUACACUUGAAUCUAUUUUAGUCAGAAAAAUGAAACACGAUCCAACUUAUCAUAGUACAAGAAAAUAUGUUUGUCAAUAUUGUAAUAAGGAAUUUUUUAGUCACGAAACACUGAAACAACAUCAAUUCGAUCAUUGUCAAGCACGCCAAAACUCAUCGAAAAGUGAACAAUCUAAAAAGCAAACAAACAACGAGCAUAUAUCAACGGUACGAGCACUAUCACCACGUGAAAAAAAUUCAAUAAAACAAUCUUCGUUGCCAAAUUCAUCACAUACAUCGUUAAAAAUACAAAAUUCGAAUACAUUUUGUAAAAUUUGUAAUAUUCCCUUUCGUCUAAAAACGUCAUACGAGGCACAUAAGAUGUAUUAUUGUAAAGGAAAUGUGUAA